AAAAAGGUCGAUAAAGUGGUCAGUAAAGCAAAGGCCAGCGCUGGUAAGCGAACCAAGGGAUCGGCGGACACGACCACAGCUGACACCACCGCUUCUGCCAAAAAGGGUACCAGAAAGUCAAAGACAACGCCAACUGAUCCAUCGGUGACAACACCGGCGAAAAAGUCCCGCAAAAAGGGCCCGCAAUUAAACCCCAAACCACACGUCACUCACUACGAGACGGACCCGUUGUUCGAGUCCCGACUGCCGGUGCCGUACGUGUCAUCGCUGGCGCACUCGGCUCUCAUCACACGCGCAGUACUAUUACGCGAUCACCGACUGCUGGAUCAGCUGUUGUCGGGCGACAAGAAGCUGAUCUGCGGCCUGGCUGUGCCCCGAUCGGUGGCCGUCCAACGGGACGCCCUGUCCUACGCCAUCGAGUUGAACGACUUCGUGGCCGUCAAGAAGUUGAUGACAGCCAAAGUGGGGGACACUUUGGCCCCGUUUCCCGAUAUUAUGCUCAGCGAUGAGGGCACCGGACACGGCUCGCGCUACAUGUUUGGUCACGCCCUGCGAUCGGUGAACGUUGGCCGCGGCGGUCGCGAAGGUAAUAACGCGCUACUGAAGGACAGCUGGAGGUACACCGGCUACAGUUACCGGACCUACUCUACAUAUCUGGAUGACAGCCGUGUCCAACAAGCCAUCGAAUACGGCGUACCGCCGGCAACGCUGGACAAACUCCUAACCCCACCGGACGGCGAGCCCGACCUGAUCUACCGUUUCCUGGACCACGUGGUGACAACCGUGCGGUACGGCCACUACCGUCUGGCCCACUAUAUCGUAGACAAGGGUAUCCAGAAGGGAGGGUUCGGGUUCAAUGAGCUGCACCGGGCGGUGCUGUCCAAUGAUAAACAGUUGCCACAAUUCCGGUCGGUAUCGGUGCUGAAGAAGGCCACCGGCAACUCGAGGAUUACACCGUUGCAUUGCGCCGCUAUUAACCCCGAUGGCCGCCAUAUGCAGGCCCUGUUGGCACAGCAGCCGGACUUCUCAGUGCCCGACACCCAGAACUGGACGCCCGUCCACUACGCGGCCGUUUGCGAAGCACCUGGCAAUCUGGAGUAUCUGCUAUUAAACGGCGUGUCCACUGUGAUGGUGGAAAAGGAGGGCAACACACCCCUACACUUGGCCGCGUCUCGUAACCGCCCGCGAAAUGUCGAGGCCAUCAUCAAACACGAGACCAGUGUCGCGGCCAACAACGCCGCCAAUACCGCCACCACUACCGGCACCGCCGACACACCGGACACCAACACCGCCGCCAAAGCCAAGGGCAAGAAAAAGGUGCCGAUCGGUACGGCAACGGCCAGCCAAUCAACGCUGGAACGUUAUAACAAGGCUGGCUAUACGCCACUACACUGGGCGGCCCAGUGCGGCAAUACGGACGCCUGUAAGGCGCUGAUCCGGGGCGGGGCCGACAUCGAGCGCCGCACCACCGCUGUUAAGGACAAACUGUCGGCGCUGAUGGUGGCCGCCGAGUCGGGCCGACUGUCGGUAGUGAAACUGCUCACCGAAUACGGCGCUCAGGCGGACGCCCGCGACAAGAGGUGCCGCACUGCGCUGACCCACGCCGUGAUGAACGGACACUCGCAUGUUGUGAGCCAUUUGUUGCGGUUGGGCGCCGACCACACGGCCAAAGACUCGUCCGGCAAUAGUCUGGUUCACUACGCGUGUGCCUACGGCUGGUAUUACUGUUUCAAACUGCUCCGGGAGGCCGAAGCGCCACUCAAUGAGUGUAAUGACUGGAAAAUGACUCCGUUGUGUAUCGCCUUUAUGAAGGGUCACACGGGUCUGGCCGAGGAGGUGGUCAAGGAGUCCGGCGCUAAUAUCGAUAUGCCUGUUAACGAUACUACC